AUGAAACCACUCACUCUCUCACAAAUCCUCGCCCUCACCCUCGCAUCGAGCACCUGCAUCUUCGCCCUCCCUCUCUCCGAAUCUCAGCCUCUCGCUAGACCUCUCGCUAAGCGAGAGUCCGCUCCCCACCCCAACAAAAGACAACUAGACACACGGCAAGCUCCCCAACCUCUACCAACAGGAAUUCCAGGUACACCAGGCGGUCCACCACUACCAAUUCCGGACACACCCAACGGCCCACCACUGCCAGGUCCAAACGGCACUCCACCACUCACGCCCCAAAAUCCCAACCCAAAUCCCAACAAUCCCUCAAAUCCGCGUCCCAAUCCAAAUAACCCCAACACGCCACCACUCCCAGACAGCCCAGGGACAUCAUUAAACCCUUAUCCGCCGCAAGGAACACCUGGUUCCCCUUCGAAUCCAGGCAAUAACCCGAAUAAUCUGCAACCUCCUCCAAAUCCGGGGAAUAAUCCUAAUUCUCCUGCGAUUCCGCUGCCGGGGCAGCCUUCGGAACCGCUUUUGCCGGGGCAACCUGGGGGACCGCCUUUGCCGUCUUUUGGGACGCGGGGGGAGUAA